CCCAGUUCGUUUCCUCUUUCUGCACAGAUCAGCUGAUGGGAACGUGACUGUAACUCUGCUGCUCAAACAAAUACUUUAUGUAUCACAAGUUAUAGGUAAAGCACCAUGGCUGCUAGUGGACCAGAAACCACCAGCCUGCGGUACCACAACAAGGUGGUGAUUGUCACAGGAGGUACAAAGGGCAUUGGAGAAGCAAUUGUCAAAGUAUUUGUGAAGAAUGGAGCCAGAGUUGUGUUCUGUUCAAAAGAAGAGACAGCCAGUGACCUUGAAGCUGAACUGAGAGAAUCCAGGCCAGGAGCUGCUAUUUAUGUCUGUUGUGAUGUCACCAAAGAGGAAGAUAUCCAGGUAACAGCAGCUUACUCCCUGGUGGAGAUGUUCACUUCUGAAUACGGCCACCCCUGGAGGCUGAUUGAAGUAGCUGUGAAAACAUAUGGACAAAUCGACUGUCUGAUCAACAAUGCUGGGUGGCAUCCUCCAGAGCAGAUCAUAGACAACACAAGCUCACAGGAGUUUCGUGACCUCUUAAACUUGAAUUUGAUUGGAUACUUUUUGACUGCAAAGUAUGCUUUACCCUAUCUAAGAAAAACACAAGGCAAUAUCAUCAACAUUUCAAGUCUUGUUGGAGUCAUUGGUCAAAAACAUGCAAUACCGUAUGUUGCCACAAAGGGAGCAGUAACUGCAAUGACCAAGGCGAUGGCUGUAGAUGAGAGCCGACACAAUGUGAGAGUGAACAGUAUCUCUCCUGGAAACAUAUGGACACCAUUGUGGGAGGAGCUUUCCAGCCAUUCCACUAAUCCUGAGGCCAUGAUCCUGGGAGGUAAAGAUGCUCAGCUUCUGGGACGUAUGGGCACAAGCGAGGAGUGUGCCAAGGCUGCCUUGUAUCUGGCAGCAGAAGGGACGUUCUGCACCGGUAUUGAUCUAUUCCUAACUGGUGGAGCUGAACUCAAUUAUGCCAAUAAGAACCAGCAGAAGACACACAGCAGCAUUUAUGACUGACUGUAAUGUAAUUUCAGUGCCUCAAAACUUGCAAGGUGGUUAUGGUUGCAAGGUUUUCCUCUGUUGUUAUAAAAUAUAAAGACAUUCGAAGAUUGUUUCAAAUGUUCAGGUUUUCUCCAAAGUUAGAAACUGAAGAUCUGCUCAAGAAAUAAGUUACAUAUAUAGGUAUCAUAGUAUAGGUGCUAAAUAUCGCUAAUUUCCAGGUCCAGGUUUUGAAGACUUGUCCCUUUUAAAUGUCCUUGUUUUUCAGUAGGUAUUGACCAACUAUACAAUGAAUUUAUAUAUUUUG